AGUACGAAUUAUACCGACUAAAUUGUCGGAUUUAUAUUUCUUUAAUUAUAGGAGUAAAGUAACAAUAUGUUGUUUUCCGGGCUAAAACACGGACUACUACGUUUCCCAUUAGUGGGUCAAACAUUCCAACACCACCGACGAUGGUCAACACGUGAAUCAGCAUGUUGACUUGCCACGUAACCACAUAUACCUUCUAAUACAUACGUACGAUCAAGUAUAUAGGAAUAAAGUAAUUAACAAAGUAAAGUAAUUAACAAAAUGUUGUCUAAUAAAAUAUUAGGGCUAAAACACGGACUACUACGUUUCUCAUUAGUAGGUCAAACAAUUCAACACCACCGACGAUGGUCAACACGUGAAUCAGCAUGUUGACUUGCCACGUAACCACGUAUUCCUUCUAAUAAAUACGUACGAUCAAGUAUAUGUACAAAGUAUUCCAUAAAUCAGAUAAAAUGGUAUACUAUUACACCGCAUUACUGCUUCUCCUCCCCCUCGUCUUCACCAUCUUAUUCCUCACAAAAUUGUUCACCAAAUCAAAACUACCUCCAGGACCAAAACCAUGGCCUAUCAUAGGCAACAUCCACAUGCUCGGCGACAAGCCUCAUCAGGCGGUCGCCGAGCUUUCCAAAACUUACGGCCCUAUAAUGUCUCUCAAACUAGGGAGCAAUACUACGAUAGUUAUAUCAUCCCCUGAAGUAGCCAAAGAAAUGUUCCUUAACCAUGAUAUGACCGUAUCUAGUAGAACGGUCCCACAUGCUGGGAGAGCCUCAAACCACGAUAAAUUCUCAAUGGUUUGGCUCCCAGUGUGCCCUAAAUGGCGAGACCUUCGUAAAGUUGCCACCAUUCAGUUGUUCACUAAUCAACGACUUGAUACGAGUCAAGAUGUAAGGCACAAGAAGGUUAAAGAGCUAGUUGAGUACGUGCAACAAUGUUCCCAAAAGGGUUUACCCGUUGAUAUUGGCAAGGCAGCGUUUACUACUGUCUUAAAUUUGUUGUCAAACACGUUUUUCUCUAUGGAUAUGGCUAGUCAUACUUCUUCAAAGUCACAAGAGUUUAAGGAUCUUGUUUGGAAUCUGUUAGAAAUUGGUGCAAGGCCUAACUUAUCUGAUUUUUUCCCGUUAGUUAAGAACUUGGAUUUGCAAGGAGUGUUGAAAAUAACAAGGGUUUACAUGAACAAGUUGAUGAAGAUUUUUGAUGAUAUCAUCGACGAGAGGUUGAAAGAUCAAACCGAGGUUAAGUAUGAUGUGUUAGACACCCUACUCAAGCUUGUCGAGAACAAUGAAUUGAGCCUUGAUGAUGUCAAACAUUUACUCGUGGAUUUGUUUAUAGCAGGAACAGAUACAACUUCUAGCACACUAGAAUGGACGAUGACAGAAAUAUUGCGUAAUCCAGAAACAAAUAUAAAAGCUCAAAUCGAGGUUGACAAAGUACUUGGGAAGGAUGAAUCUAUGCAAGAGUCAGAUAUCACAAAAUUACCAUACAUACAAGCAAUUGUUAAAGAAACAUUGAGAGUGCACCCACCUGCCCCAUUUUUGGUCCCUCACAAGGCUGAUAAGGAUGUACAAUUAUGCAACUAUUUAGUGCCCAAAAACUCAAACAUUUGGGUUAAUGUAUGGUCCAUUGGGCGCAACCCAAGUGUAUGGCCUAAUCCGGAACUAUUUUCUCCUGAAAGGUUUUUAGAUAAUGAUAUUGGUUUUAAAGGACGAGAUUUCGAGCUCAUACCUUUUGGAACGGGAAGACGGAUGUGUCCAGGAAUGAACCUUGCGUAUAGAAUGACACAUUUAAUGUUGGCUACACUACUUCACUCAUUUAGCUGGGAGUAUGGUCAUGGUUCAAGUCCAAAAGAUAUAGACAUGGAAGAAAAGUUUGGGAUUACUUUGCAAAAAGUUAAGCCACUUCUGGCUUUUCCAUUUCGUAGAUGAUCGAUCUCUAGGUUUUGAGAAGUUAGGUGGUUUCCUCGUAGUUUUUGCCCCGUUUUUCUUUUUAAAAGGUCUUAUACACAAAGUGUUGUACAAUAAAUUCAUUAUAUACUACGUAUCAAGAUAAUUUUAUCCAA